UAAUUUAUGAAUUAAAGAUUAUGGUAAUUGCAUCUAUGAUAUUGCAUCUAUGGCUUUCAAAAACUUAUGGCAAAAACUAUUGAAAAGUUUUUAUAAUAAUCAGGGCUUGGGACCAAUCAGAUUUGAUUUUAAUCAAAAGUAUCACCAAAAGAAUGUUAAAUAUUUGUUAAAUGUUUAAUACUUCGUAUUGCAGCCAGAACCAAUUUUCAAUGUGUCAUAAUUUCUUAGAUUUAAGCAAAUGAGGAAAUCUAAUAAUUUUAGGGGAUAAGAAAGUAUCAGAGGCAUGGUCUAAAAUAAAACAAGCAUACAAUCCUUUAUUGCGUCCUAACUUCACAGGAAAUGUGACAGAUGUAAUAGUUUCCUUAACAAUUUUGCAAUUCGACAGCGUUAAUGAUAAAGAUAAGAGCUUUAAAACAGACAUGUAUUUUCGACAGAGAUGGGUUGACUACCGAGCACAGCAUAAUUUAACUACUGUUUUAACACCAGGGUUUGGAAAAAAUCACCCUUCAGCAUUUAUUUGGGUGCCAGAUACUGUGUUUCGUGUAAUGACAGGUGGAUAUAUACACUCAAAUUCAACCGCUAGUCAUAAGGUUGACAUUUAUCCUAAUGGAACUGUUUCUUGGGGAUGCAGAGUCACAUUAGUGUCACACUGUACUUUUGAUCUUCAUAACUAUCCUAUGGACACUCAACGAUGUGAAAUAGGAGUUUUAAGUUUUGCUCAUGACAAAACACAUAUCAACUAUGUCUGGAUCGAAGACAAUCCUGUUUCGUUAAUUCUAAACCAUCUUCCUCAACACUCAGUUCAUAUUGAAAAUGCUACAAAUUUAUCAGAGUACUACAGCUUCUCGUCAAAUAAAGAAGGUGAAUACUCAAUAAUAAAGUUUGAUGUUAUCUUUGAAAGAAGAUUUCAAGCAUAUAUAUUUCAAGCUUUUUUUCCAUCUGCUUCUCUCGUAAUGGUGUCGUGGGUAUCUUUUUGGCUUCAUGUAAACUGUGUAUCAGCACGUUUAGGUAUUGGAAUUGUGAGUCUUCUUACAACUUAUAGACUCUGGGAAGUUGUUAUAAAUGCUAUGCCAAAAAUUAAUUAUACAACAGCACUUGAUAUCUACAUGUUAGGUUGCACAACCUUUAUUUGUUUGUCAUUAUUGGAGUAUGGUCUGGCUACUAAUAUUCAUUUUACACUUUGGAAGGAACAAAAAGCAAAUUAUACUUGGCAAACUAUAAAGAAAAAACAAGAAACAAGAAAAAGCAUUGACUUUACAAAUGUUACGAAUCUGAGGACAAAGAAUGCUUUAAAUCAAAUGAAACAGAUUUACGAUACGAAACAGAUUAACGAUACAGACCUCGUUUUAUUUGAUAAUCAUGGAAGAGUUCAAAGUAUAAGAAAAACUUCAAUACGAGAGCAAAAGUUAAAGUUGAAAGAAGAAUAUUUAAGUAUGUGGAAAAGUGACCCACUAGGGAAUCGCCCUUAUUAUUUUGAACCAAUGAUGGUGACUGGUAAACCGGCGUCUCUUGAUAUAGUUAGUCGGUUUUUGUUUCCAUUUGGAUUUCUAUGCUUUAAUAUUAUUUAUUGGGCGUCUUUUCUAUAAUUUAUGAAAAAGUCUUAUUUAGGGGCGUUCUCUCUUUAAUACUUUGGACAAUAAUUGUGUUUUAUUGUUUUUAGUAAGUUAAAAAAGCUGUUCAAUAAUUUUGACAAAAAAUUUUAUUAAAAUA